AUGUCUCAUACUCGAUGUUGCUGCUCACUUGUGUAUGAAAUGGCCUCCGCUAACCCGCACGCUUCGUACAGCAAACACGUCCUCAACGCUCAAGUCGCGGUUCGAUCACCAUGCUGCCGUAAAUGGUUCGACUGCGCGGACUGUCACAGGGAACAGGAAACCCACCAGCUACUUCCCUCGACAGAGAUGACCCUUGCUUGCAAGAAGUGUAAGAAGUGUUUUAGAAAGGAUGCCAAUGAGUUUGAAGAGAGUGACGAGUACUGCCCACAUUGCGAUAACCAUUUCGUUAUAGACGCUCUUACGCCAAAGCCAGCUGUGAAGGUAGAAGGAGAGGAUCCGCGAAAGGACUCGAGGAUGCUGAAGGACGAGAGAGUAAGGGCGGAGGCAGAACGGUCGAUAUUUGAUGUACAGGAUGCGCCAAAUAGACUUGGAUAG